GCCGCGCGGCCCGUCGUGUGGCGGCUUGGCUGCCGAUGGUGGGGGUGAGAAACGUGCUCGUCACCCUCGAAGAGCGCCUCGAGAGACUCAGUAAGCGCCGCGAGUUCGCCGUGGCCGGAAAUCUAUCGUGGCGUUCUUGUUCGUGUUUCGUGGCUUUCGGCCUCUGACGCGCCACUUCUCGACUUUGUCGCUCCUACGAGUGCGUACGUCGAGCUUAGAAAUAUCAUUAUUUAUCAUUCGAGUACCUUCGAUACAUGUAACAGGCUGGAAAUUGCCAACAGAUCGAACUGCGAUAUAUGAAAGUUUAGUGCAAGAGUCGAGUCGCGUUUCGUGUAAGAAAGUUGAACGAGGUCUGGUUCCUUGGUGAUACAAAAGGAUUUCGUUUCGGAUGGUGCGCAAAGGAAGAAACAGUCGUGGCCAGACUGGUUGCUUUGUCUGUUAAGAUCCGCAGAAAUUCGGCACACGGUGAAAGCAAUUACGUUAAGAGGUCCCUGAGUCGGGAACAGUGUGUCUCGAGAGACGAUUCGGUCUCUCAUCCCUCGCUCCUUGCGGCAAGCUUGCAAAGGAUCGCGGGACAGUUUGUGGUUAGCUGACGUCAUCAAGAACAAACAAGCAGAUCGAAGAUCCGCAGGAAGAGAGAUAUUAUAUAUCUGUGUUGAGAGACAAAGAGCCGCCUAGGAGUCGUUGUCCCAACAGAGGGAAAAUCAGAAAAGGGGAUAUCAGUUGCUAGAAACAUACAGAGGAGACAGAAAAGGAGAGAGAUUUCAUCCAGAGAAGUCCGAAUUCCUGUCGGAGCUUCGUUCUAUUCGAUGACGAUUUAUAGUCUUUUUUUCUAAUUAACUGUAAUUGUUCGUUUUGACUCUCCUCUCGAUCAUCAAGUUGAAAUCAAUCCGAGUUGAUUGCUGAUAUUUUCCAUUUGGAUAGUAACGGCGUGAACAUCUAGAACUCCUACGGAGUUCUCGUGCAAGAUGAUAACAAGUGUCAGGAUCGCGAUGAACGUCCGCCUGUCCCUGGUCGACUGAUCGCCAGAGACAGUUCGAGAAAGAGGGAGACGAGGCUUUUUCCAUCAACUAGAUUGAAAAACGAUGUCCGACAGAAGCAAGUGAGGAUCCCUUUUUUGCGUGUCCCCCUUUUUUUCGGUAAUCUCUACUCGACGGAAGAAGAUGUGCCUGCGACACUUGCUGCUCUGCCUGCUGGGCGUCAUCGUCAUCGUCAACGAAUCCGAGGCCAGUUGGGACGAAUGGUGGACCUACGACGGAAUUUCAGGACCUUCGUUUUGGGGUCUGAUAAACCCCCAGUGGUAUUUGUGCAGCAAAGGAAGACGACAGAGUCCUAUCAACAUCGAGCCUGACAAGCUUCUCUUCGACCGCCACUUGAGACCAGUGUCGGUCGACAAACACAAGGUUUCCGGGCAUUUAUACAACACCGGUCAGUUUCUGGUAUUCAGAGCGGAUCGGGAAGCGAAGGUGCGAGUCAAUAUAACAGGUGGCCCACUCGCCUAUCAUUAUCAAUUCGAGGAGAUCUACAUACACUAUGGAAUGGAUAACGAUUACGGAUCGGAGCAUCGCAUUAACAACUACGCUUUUCCUGCAGAGAUACAAGUGUACGGGUUCAACGCGGAACUGUAUCACAAUAUGAGCGAGGCGCAACACAAAAGUCAAGGCCUGGUCGCGAUUUCGUUGAUGGUACAGAUCGGCGAGACGCUGCACCCAGAGCUUCAGAUCAUAACCAGCGUGUUCAACAAAGUUAAGUACCGCGGCGAUUUUGCGCCCGUACGUCAUCUGUCUUUGAAGAGCCUCCUUCCAAACACGAACGAUUACAUGACUUACGAGGGCAGCACGACUCACCCAGGCUGUUGGGAAACAGCAGUAUGGCUGAUCCUCAACAAACCUAUUUACGUAACAGCGCGAGAGCUUUACGCACUAAGGCAACUAAUGCAAGGUCCGUCGACCACCCCGAAAGCACCCCUGGGAAACAAUUCGAGGCCGCUGCAGGAUCUUCAUUACAGGACUAUACGGACAAACAUCGAUUUUCACAAGCGAACACGUGGCAGGACGAUGGCUCCCUCUCGCACAACGGCGUCGUCUGAAUCGUGGCUGUCAUACAAACCAGAGACGUUUUCGGCUUUCAAUGCGACAGGUUCACGCGAACAUUUCGUAAUAGGCAUGCAAAAAGAAAAAGAUCACUGUGUACAGGCUUGACAAGGUCACGGUUCAGGGAACUCGAUUCGUCCAAAUGACAGACAAAGCUCUGCAGAUCUUUCUCGUUUUCGUUGCGAAACGAACAAAUGGAAUAAGAUCAUCGAGAAACUUCCAUUUCAUUGUAUUUAUUAUAAUUUGAAAUUCGAACAUUUUUUAAUUCCAUUUCUGUGUUACUGAAAGAAAUUUCAAAUAUUCAAAUCUUUUCGAUUUGUACGAAGAUCUUCUUUGGAAAUUUAUUUAACUAACCGAUAAAAGAUUUCUUUCCGGAAGCCUUAAAGCGAUCCAAUUCAAUCGAUAGACAUGACAUUCAAAAAUGUCGAAAGUCAAAUUUCGAAAAGAAGAUUGCGGAAGAGUUAUUCGGUUGUUCUAACUUGUACGUCAAAAUGACACGUUGACAUCUUAACUGACUAGAUAUUCUAACUAAAAAUGUUGCUGCAGGAACUAAUGAACUACAUGAAUUUCGAUUAAUUUCAUUGAAAAUUGAUUCGUCCAAUGAUAGUACACGUUCGGUGGGAUCUCUCCCCAAGAGAAACGAAAUCGCAAACCAGUUUGAUACUUGGAAGCUAAAUUUACGCGCUGAUAAUCGCCAACAGAUGCGGUAAUUAAAACGAAGAAACGAUCGAUAAAGAUUUACUGUAUUUCGACGUGGCACCGAUUUUCGUCGAUUCCAAGCAGCUGCAUCCACAAUUCGAAGGUGUGGAAGAAGAUUCACGAGCUAUCAGGGACGGGCACGGCGGUUCCUCGAGUUAUCGCGGCCGAACCGAUUUUGACGGGGAUGAUAAGUGUGUUGGAGCGCGGCUGGAAUUUGUAUUUGUCGCCUGAACACCUUCCGGAAAUCGUUCCUGUCAUUCGUUGGCGAAAAAGGGGAGGCAAGCGCUCGAAAUCGAGGCGAACGUACCAAGAGAUGGGAAUAUUUCGUGGAACGUUCGCCUGAACCAGUGUCCAAUGCCCUAAUUGAUCGUGUUUCUCGUGAAUUUCGAAAAUAGCGAGUUAAUUAGGAAAUAUCUCUCUGUUCAUGAUUGUGAAUCAAUAAUUGACGAUUUAAUAAUUCACGACGAAGAUGUAUGAUUUGAGAUGAAAUUGCAAAUUCUUUACGAUUCUGGGAAUUCAGGAUGAAUUAUUAAAAAUAAGGGAAAUUUGGAGAAGUUUGUACGUGUAGAAGAAUGAUAGCAGGUUUGUAUGUAAACGCGAUCGCUUUGUAAUAAUUCGUUGUGCAAGUCGACGCGGAAUUUGUCAGGUGUGUAAAUUGAUUCGUUGCAUUUUUUAAAAUCGUCGGAAUAGUUGUUGCGCAAGUAUCGUGCAAGAGAGCCUAAGUCGUGCGUUUUCGUGAAACGAAACUGCUUUAAGUAAUGUUUCUCCCGAUACACUGUCCAUUACCAUUUUAUAUCUAUCCAGGUGUUUCGUUGAGGCGAAAAAAAAGAAAAGAAAAACGCAAGAGUCGUGUGGAUGAUAUUUUCGUAGAAAGUAUCAUAAAACGAACAAAUAUUUGAUCAAAGUAUUUAAUUGAAAAAGUUAAUAGAGUUAAAGCAUCAAACUAAUUUACACAUCCAAUAAAAUUUCACUGGGAUAUUCAAUAGAGAGUUCUAGGAAUUGAUUGAAAGAAAUCUCAUGGUAGUCGAUACGUUGAACUACAAAUAAAAACACUCGCCAUAAUUGUAUGUCUAAAGCAAACAUCAUUUCGUAAAUUGUCGAGAAGAACAAAUUUUAUUCGUAAUUUGUAUAAUGUAAGUGAUCGUAAAACUUCGCCAAAGAGUGACCAUUGUCCUUUCUGCGAUAUUUUUUUAUUUACUAAACCAGAGAACAAUCGUGUGCCUGUCGCUGCUAACAGAAGAAUCGUGCUCGUUCCGCUUUCGAAUAAAAACCACCCUCUAGAAAAGAAACAGAAGGGUAAAAAGAGGCAGAGAACAAAAAUAAUAAUUAUAAUCCGGUCAUUGGCCGGGCACCAAACGACACUUGAAAACGAGGGGAUGGAAUUGUCGACUUACUUGACAGGUUUUUGUCAAUUAUUUUAUAACCAAUAUACGUAAACGUGACGCUGAACGUACGAUGAAUAGAAACGUGUCAAAGUAAGAAAAUUUCGAAAUAGAUGGGGAGGAUGAUAAAACGAUCGAAUGAUUUUUCUGAGCGGAACGAGCGAUUCGAUGAAUAAAAAAAUAGGUUUGGAUGUUUGGAGGAUGAGAGUGGAAACUUAAAGAACGAUAAAAAGAGGAGAAAAAGGAGUGAUAAGAAAUUAGAGUCGCGUGCUAGACCAACCGCAAUCGCGAGAGAAAUAAAAAUUGGAUUGUUCGUAGCUUAGCCGAAUGGACGAAUGAUCCAGCGCUUUUGUAUAUAAAUACAGAUACUAAGAAACCGUAAGAAAAGGAACUACUAUUAAAAAUAGGUGUAAGCAGAUUAAGAGGACACUUAGAGGGAGGCAGGAGGAGGAUGUGUAUAGAAACCUAACGUUGUAUCAUACGAAAGUGAACGUUUAACGAUUGUGGUUAAUGAAUAACGAUAACAAUAAA